UCUCAUUUGCAUUACUACCGUUACAAUCCCACAGUUUAGCAAGAGUGCAUUGAAUGUUUACAUCUCGAUACGUUAUGCAACUCUAAGCCGCACGUAUUAAGCUUACCUACGCCAAAGGAUUCACACAUUGCCUUGGCCAAACCCCUUUUCCCAACACCCUAUAAAUAAGCAAGCUAUUCCUGCACGCUAUUUCCACAGUGGCUUUGUCUGAAGAAAAAAGUGGAUGUUGGGGGCUCUAGAAACAACUGGUAGUCCUGAUCAUGCGAAAGAUCACAUCCCAUUUCUGUCGCAUUACACCUCAAAGACCGAGUUCUUGUGCUACGUGCUGCUCUACCUGGUGAAGAUGCCUUUCCCACCUGUGAGCAGACCUCGGAGUCUUCACAGCACGGGCAAAGAAAAACUUUCAGGACCGUCGCCUGUCAUUCCGAUCAAGACUGUGGAGGAGAAAAGUUCUGCGAAGGAGCGCCUCAAGAAGUUGAGCAAAAAGGCCUCGCCACACAAAAGCAAGUUGCCCACCAGCCGAGCCACUUCUGGCGUGAGGAUGGAGGGUAAAAGCACCUGGAUUAUGACUUCAAGACCCACUGAUCCUUCAAGUUCUUCAACCCCAACUUCUUCUAAAAGUACUUCUGAUAUUAGUACCUCUGGAAGCAAUUUGGCAACAACCAGCAAGAAGAUGUUUCCUGCCAGUGUUUCAGCAACAAGCAUCCCAACAGACUCUUGUAGUCCGCAGGCCUCCUCCGGAUCAAGCCAGGGAUUAAAUAGCAAAUCUAACUUUUCUCUCAACCUGACACCUGAGGCCACUUUGCUCCUGCAGAAACGUAGCCGUGAGAAGCUGCUCCGUGGCAGCGCUGGCACCGCACCGGCACCACACCAGAAAAGCCGUCUGCCUACCAAGUCGGGUUCUCGAUCCAACAUCCCACUGGUGAAGAUCUCUCUUCUGAAUGACCGCCACCGAUACGAUGACGUGGAAUAUGAGGAAGACAAAGAGCAGAGUGUGGAUCAAAGCGUCCUACUGAAAUGUUCUGAAUGGUUGCAAGGAGUGGAGAACGCUGCCGGAGCUACAGUCCUGGGAGGAACCGACAAAAUCAGCCAGAAGAGCAUUUAACAUAUCUGAUGCUACAUGUCCUAUUA